GGCGCCAUUGAUGCAUGCAUCCGUCCCAAGCAGUGCACUGCUCACCCAACCCCUUGCUAGCGACGGCGAGCCAAUGCCCAUGACGCCGACGUGCUACUCGACGUCGUCGUCGACGGUCGCCGCCGUCGUCGUCGCGCUCGUCGUCGCCGCCGGGCAGCUGGUCGCGGCGGGGACGUCGGACCUGUGCAGCCUCGCGAAGACGGCGUUCAGCGACUGCACGGCGUACGUCGCCGGGGCGGAGCCCGUCGUGUCGCGCCGCUGCUGCCGGGGCCUCGGCGACAUCCGGGAGCUGGCCGCCACCGCCGCCCAGCGCCGGGCCGUCUGCGCGUGCGUCCUGGCGGACAUGCUCGCCGCCGGCGCCGGCAAGGUCGACGCCGGCCGCGCCGCCGGGCUCCCCGCCGCCUGCAACGUCCACGUCGGCUUCAUCCCGACCAGCCCCACGUUCAACUGCUUCCGGGUUCGUUGAACAAUGAACAAGCAUCAAAUUCAAACAUGGAGGAGUUACAUUCUCUCUUUGAACGUACACAAUGCAAUUUGCAAACUUUACCAUGUUAAUUAAGCAACCAUUGUUUGUAACUUCGUAUCAUCGUUAAAAAAUAUAGAGUUUAAGCAACACAUUCUCAAUCUAGUUCAGAAGUCUCUUUCGCCUUUGGCUAGUGCAGCUUUGCUUUCAUGAUUUCUCGAAGCAUUAAUGAUAUAUUUUUGAGCUUAGUUUGUCCUACUCUAAUUACACGUGUCAUGCGGAAAUUGACACUACACUUACACUUACACUUGCUUCACUGGGCCUGACAAACUAGUCCCGUGCAGCCCAAGUCAAUCUGGACUCAAUAUUCUUGCGAACUCUAGCACACAUAAUUUCUGGGUCGCUGUCAAGCUUCGUCCUUUUCUAAUCAUUCUGCUUAUUUUUCAUCAGUUUUCAAUCUGUUCCCCUUUCGACAUUGCGAGGAAAUCGCAGAAAUUAAACCUGAUUAUAGUAUCUGCUUCGAUAAUCCAGUAAUCCGUACAAUUAAGUACAGAAAUGGUCUUCCAGAUCCUUUCUCCAGCGACAUGGUUGCGUAAAAAUUUAUGCAAUUUUCUAGCCCUAGAGCCGCCAAAUUUGUACAGAUCAAAGCUUCUGGA